ACCACUACAACCAUGGAAGAGUAAGCCACCUUCCAUGGAAAUGAGCGUGAACCCCAGGAAAACUCCUAAAACUAAAAUCCCAGAUUAAAAAUGAAAAGAAAAAAAGAAAAAAAAUUCUAUUUUUCUGUUCCCUCUUUAAAAGCCCUGCUUCUGUUCUUCAUCAGAAAACCAAACAAAACAGAGGAAAAUAAAUAAUACGAAUAUGGUGAACAUGGUUGAAACGACAUCGGCGUGGAACACGACGGGACUCCACGUUCAUCGGAAGUCAUUGAUGCACAUGAGUUUCCACUGGGGCCAUAAAUCCGAAAUCCUCUUCUCGGGUUGGCCAGGUUCCAGCUCGGGCAUGUAUGCAUUGGCCUUGAUCUUAGUAUUUGUAUUGGCAAUGAUCGUGGAAUGGCUCUCUUAUUGCAGCAUCAUCAAGCCAGGAGCCAACAAGGUUGCCGCUGGGUUUUUUCAGACGGCGAUGCAUACGGUUCGUGCAGGGCUGAGCUAUAUGGUGAUGCUGGCUGUCAUGUCGUUUAAUGGCGGUGUUUUCCUCGCUGCUGUUUUCGGACAUGCGGUUGGAUUCUUGGUUUUUGGGAGCAAGGCUUUUAGAAAAUCCGGUGGCUCUGAGAAGUUGCCCGACCUUCCUCCUAGGAAGUAGGAAAUGCUGAGGUUGAAUUGGAAUUUAAGGGGUUUUUCUUUUUUUUUUCAUUUGUUUGCGCUUGUUUGGUGUGUGUUUUGAUUAAACAAUGGGUUAAUUAUGAGACAGAGAGAAGUUAAUUUCUGCUUU